AUGGAUCUUCCGAAAACAUUUUCGAUGCGAGUACCAAGGGACGACCCCAGCUGGUGCACUCAAGCUGUCGUGAAUGCUCUCCAGGCUGGCUAUCGCCAUUUGGACUGCGCUUGGGAAUACGGACCGCAUUUUGCUGCACCCGAAAACGUGUGUUUUUGCCUAGAUCAAGUUCUCAACAGCAUGGGCCUCGAUUAUGUUGAUCUCCUCCUUAUUCAUUUCCCUGAGGCCCUGAAGCCGCAAGGAGAUCUCUCCCAGGCGAAAAACUUCGUUGGUGCAACAGCCGCCGAUCAGAAAGCAGCAGUUGAUACCGACGGUAAUUAUAUCCCAGACGUCUUACAUGGCCCAACGGCCAUGGUAAAAUUAAAUGGCGGCGAGGGGAGCUUUAUGCAACUGCGGGGGCCGUGGUGCGGUCCUAGAUACUAUCAAAAAAGCCUAAAGACCGGACUCCAAGGAAUCGCUGCUUUCUCGGGGACUCGGUGA